AUGCCAGAUCCAACAUUAUUUUGCCGAUCAGGAAAAAAUCAACUUUCUUCCAUUCUGAACAAAACUACUAAGGUCACUAUUGACAAAAUCAAAACUGUUUCCCACCAGACCAAGAGUUCAUGUUUGGCAGGCCAGCCUACCCAAACCUGCUGGGUUUCUGAAUGGUCUCUUGAAAACAUGGAACAGAUAAAUCAUUGGCAUCAAAUCCAAACCUAUAAUGCCUUGGCCUCUCAAGAAUUUGAACCCCCGUUAGCACAAGCUAAUGACUCAGCAAGCAAUUUUCAGAAGAAAUAUAACCAGUUAUUCUGUGGCCUUCCUUCUCUGCACAGUGAGUCUCUGGAUGCCACUUUCUUGAACUCAAACGGUCUCUCCAAGAACAUGUCCAAGCCCACCUCAAAAGAUCCUCUUCUCUUGAAGAAACCCUCACUCUUCUUCCUGUCCAAAACUCCACUGAAGUCAGCCCUACCCCCUUCCCCAACUUCUCCAAAUGGCAAGUCUUCAUAUGAGUAUGAAGGAGCCCAGGUCAGUGUCCCAUUUCUGACACUGGAUGAAUGUGAAGCCUUGGAAUGCCACCUCCUACAGAAGCAGGUCAAGCUUCAGUGGGGACCACCAGCUGUCUUCCUGAGAUCUUGGUAUACCCAGAGCCACUUGCAGUGUGAACCACAUGACAAAGCCCAGACUCCUAAGACUGUGAAAACUUCCUGGCCAAGGAUUCCCUUUUCACCCCUCACUAGAGAACUCUGCUUCCCAGAGCACACAUGCAGGCUGCUGGAAUUCCACCUCCAGAAGCAGUUGAUUCACCUUCGCUGGGGCCUGCCCCAGAAGAUCCAGCGGUCUAUUCAGUUGUUCCUUUCCUCUACUGACCAGAAGCCCCCGCCCUGCAGCAACAGAGCCCUACCCAAUGUGAGCAUCUCACAGCCAGAGGGCCUAAAGGCUGUUGGGUCUGGUACCAUGUUCUCACCCACAGUGAGCAAAGGGUUAAUCCCCAUGCCACAGAUGUUUGCUCAGUCAAAGGCAAUACUGCAGAGUCACAUUGACUCCAAAUGUAAACAGGUCCACCAGGGCAAGGUUCCUGCCCACAUCUGUAGCUCCUGGGAAUGCAGAAUUCCUGGGGGCUCAGCAGAAGGGAGUCCCUUCCCAUGUAUUUCACAGGGCGAGCCCCUGAAGCUGCAGGCAGAAAGCAACCUUAACCUACAUGACAAAGGCACGCCCUGGAUACCAAAGGCCCUUGACCAGGAGAAGAAAGCCGUCCCACAUGCUUUCAUUGAACACUGCAAGCGGCCCCAAUCCUUAUCUAAGGAUAUCAUUAAGAAACUGGAGACAAUUUUACAGCAUAAGUAUCUGGCUUUCUUGUCAGGCCUACCUUCUCUUUACUGUGUGGCUCUCUCAAGGCCCACAUCUCUAGCAGUCACUAACCGAUCCAGAAUCCCAGAGAUGUUGCUACCUAAGCCUAGCAAAGUCCUGCAAGAACCUCUGACUCAGACGAUUUCACUUGAAAGCCCAUGCAAGAGGCUCAAGUCAUGCACUGACGAUGACAACAAGGAUUCUGUAGACACUGCAGAAAAGCUCCAGCCUGAAUUGCAGGUGAAAGGAAUGAUGGAGCGGACACGUCCACACAGCACUAACCCCUACUCAAACACACAUAUCUUGGCCAAACUGAAUUUCCACAUGAAAAAGAAGGUCCUAGCAAUGCAAUUCGGAAUUUCUGAAAAGGAAAAUCAGUUCAAAGAGGAAACUGUAAUAGGCCCCAAGAAUCAAUCCAAACAGAAGUCUCUUAAGAGUCUAAACAACCAAGAAAGCACAGUGCUACAGAAACCGCCCAUCUCAAGAAAAGAGGAUGCAGAUCUUGGGCUUUCCCAAACCAAUGGAAAAGGACACCAUACUGGACAGCAGAGUCCAGAAAGGAAGUCUCCAAACAACAUACCCCAAGACUCUCCUCCUACCCAAGAUUUAAAUUGUGUUCAUGGUCAAGAGCAGGCUACCGAGUUACAGGCUGUGUACCACAACCAAAAGCAACCUGACUCUGCCCAAUGGGCCUCCAAGAUCUCACAAUUCAGCAGGGAUUUGACAGAAGCCCAAAUGCUUUGUGUUGAUGUGGAGGCCAGUGACGAAAACUCCAACCUAGAGGAACUCCAUAGCACUGAGCCUCAAGGCCCAGACAAGAGAAAGUACUCAGCCCAUGUCCCCACACUGACCAAAAAGAGAGAGGACCCAGGGAAAUCCAAAGUAGCAGAGAACAUUGGAGAAGAGGAUGCAGGUCUUGUGCUUUCCCAAACCAAUGGAGAAGGACACCAUACUGGGGAGCAGAGUCCAGAAAAGAAGUUUCCAAACAACAAACCCCAAGGCUCCCAGAAACAGAAGCCUAGCUUUCAUUCUGUGGCUCCCUGCCCAUGGAGCCCCCAGCAUCCCCCGCAGCCUAAAUUCCAAAACCCACAUCCAAAUAUUUUGGGCAGGAAAGACUCUGAACAUGACCUGCCAGUCAGUGAAAGCAAGGUAAAUGUCAUCCUCAAACCUUCAAGGACUCCUGGGAUUGUCCAGCCUACAGUCUACCAGGCUUCCCAGGGCCAUCCCUUCCUGGGCCCACCAAGUAGCCAAACUUUGCAACACCAAGUUUUGAAAAGGCCAGUGAUACCAGCUUCCCCUCACAAAAAGCCCAACUUUCCGGAGUCCAGCUGGAGAAGUAAGAUGAAAUCGUUUCUUUAUUCUAUUAGCCCAAAAAUGAAAGGCAAAACACACACGGAGACCAUGUUUUCUACAGUCGGAAAAGUGACCAAAACCACUAAAGAAAAUUUUGAAAAGAAUCUGACUCAAGCUAAAAGUUCCACCAAGGAAACUGAAACAGAAAUCUCAAGAGGGCCCAAACCCCAGUCUGUGCCCCCUGACAAGCCAGUGGGCACUCCAGAAAAGCUCCGACUACGCUCUCGACAGCAGGGCUCUGCUUCAGGGCCCGGAAAUGCCCGUCAUUGCCCUCGGCACUGUCCUCAAUUGGCUCAUGCAGCCCAACAUGGAAACCCAGCUUAG